UCUACGUAUAUAAUAAAAUCACAUCUCUCUCUCCCUAUACUUAAAAUCUCUCUCUCUCUCCCUCUCUCUCUCUACCGUAUAUAAAAAUCACACAUCUGUCUCUCUUCAUCUCUCUCUACAUUUUUUCUGUGUGCCAGCACACAGAUACGCACCUAAUAUUAAAAAACAACAUAUUAUACAUGGCGCGGAGUGUUGAGCUGACCGGAAAAGACUCGCCGGCCGGCGACCUCGAGGACGUGCGGCUACUCGACUCGUACGAAGACGAAGAAGCGGAAUUGAGUAAGGUAGAGCAAGGAAUGAGCAGAAUUCAGGUGAGAAUCACCGGAAUGACGUGUGCGGCGUGCUCGAAUGCUGUGGAAACUGCUCUGAUCAGCUUGAACGGCGUUGUUAGCGCUUCUGUUGCGCUUCUUCAGAACAAAGCCGACGUCGUUUUUCAUCCUUCUGUCGUCAAUGACGAUGAUAUUAAGAAUGCAAUUGAAGAUGCUGGUUUUGAGGCAGAGAUUAUACCUGAAACUAGUUCAUCUCAAACAAAAUCACAUGGAAAUGUGGUGGGACAGUUUACUAUUGGAGGCAUGACGUGUGCAGCUUGUGUAAAUUCUGUUGAAGGAAUUUUGAGAAAGCUUCCUGGUGUGAAGAGGGCAGUUGUGGCAUUGUCGACCUCUUUAGGUGAGGUCGAAUAUGACCCUACUAUUAUUAGUAAGGAUGACAUAGUGGAUGCUAUUGAAGAUGCUGGCUUUGAGGGUUCACUUGUACAGAGCAGCCAGCAGGAUAAAAUUAUAUUAGUAGUUAAUGGGAUAACAAGUGAUUUUGAUGUACAGCUGUUAGAAGGAAUACUAUGCAACUUGAAGGGUGUGCGACAGUCCUGUUUCAACAGGUUAUCAAGAGAACUAGAAGUACUCUUUGAUCCCAUAAUUCUUGGUUCUAGAUUGCUCGUUGAUGAGAUUCAAGGACGAAGCUCCGGAAAAUUUAAUCUACAAGUCAGAAAUCCUUACACAAGAAUGACUUCCAAGGAUCUUGAAGAAUCCUCAAAAAUGUUUCGACUUUUCACGACCAGUCUCAUUCUUAGUAUUCCAGUCAUAUUCAUGCGAUUUGUUUGUCCAAGCAUCCCUAUACUGUAUGCCUUAUUGCUUCGGCAAUGUGGGCCAUUCCAAAUGGGUGAUUGGUUAAAGUGGGCCUUAGUGAGUGUCGUGCAGUUUGUUGUUGGGAAGCGAUUUUAUGUUGCUGCGUGGAGAGCACUUAGAAAUGGUUCGACAAACAUGGAUGUUCUUGUAGCAUUGGGAACUUCAGCUUCAUACUUUUAUUCUGUCUAUGCACUAUUAUAUGGUGCAGUAACUGGUUUCUGGUCGCCUACGUACUUUGAAACCAGUGCAAUGCUGAUAACAUUUGUGCUACUGGGGAAGUACUUGGAAACUCUUGCAAAAGGAAAAACUUCAGAUGCUAUAAAGAAGUUGGUAGAACUAACACCAGCAACAGCUUUACUGCUUCUCAAAGACAAAGGUGGCAAGGUUGUUGGAGAAAGGGAGAUAGAUUCUCUACUGAUUCAACCUGGUGACAUGCUUAAAGUUCUGCCUGGCACAAAAGUUCCUGUUGAUGGCAUGGUUGUAUGGGGUUCAAGUUACGUCAAUGAGAGUAUGGUUACCGGUGAAUCUGAACCGGUUUCAAAGGCAGCUAAUGCUGCAGUAAUUGGUGGUACUAUAAAUUUAAAUGGUUCCCUUCACAUACAGGCAACUAAAAUAGGUUCCGACACAGUUUUAAGCCAGAUUAUUUCUCUGGUUGAGACAGCACAGAUGUCAAAAGCUCCAAUUCAGAAAUUUGCUGAUUAUGUGGCAAGUAUUUUUGUCCCUACUGUCGUUGCUUUCUCAUUGUUGACACUAAUUGGGUGGUAUAUCGGUGGAGUUUUUGGUUUCUACCCAGUAGAAUGGCUGCCUGAAAAUAGCAAUAACUUUGUUUUUGCCCUCAUGUUUGCGAUAUCCGUGGUAGUAAUUGCUUGUCCAUGUGCACUUGGGUUGGCCACCCCAACAGCUGUCAUGGUUGCAACAGGGGUUGGAGCUAAUCAUGGGGUGCUAAUUAAGGGAGGGGAUGCAUUGGAGAGGGCACAGAUGGUUAAUUAUGUGGUGUUUGAUAAAACAGGAACUUUAACCCAAGGAAAAGCAACAGUCACAACAGCGAAAGUUUAUACAGAAAUGGAUCGUGGAGAAUUUCUCACAUUGGUAGCUUCAGCGGAGGCCAGCAGUGAACAUCCUUUAGCUAAAGCAAUAGUGGAAUAUGCUCACCAUUUCCACUUCUUCGAGGACCCUUCAGCUACCACAGAUAUUCAAUACCUUGAGAAGGAGCACAAGUACUCAGGAUGGCUUCUCGAAGCAUUUGAUUUUACUGCGCUUCCCGGAAGAGGCGUCCAAUGUCUCAUUAAUGGAAAACAGAUAUUGGUUGGUAAUCGUAGUUUGCUUACAGAAAACGGUGUUGCUAUUCCGACUGAUACUGAGAAUUUUAUGGUAGAACUGGAAGAAAGUGCGAAAACUGGCAUACUAGUGGCAUACAAUGGUGUCUUAAUUGGCAUUCUGGGAGUAGCUGAUCCAUUGAAGAGAGAAGCUGCUGUAGUAGUGGAAGGCCUCAUGAAAAUGGGUGUCAAACCUGUCAUGGUUACUGGGGAUAACUGGAGGACAGCUCAUGCUGUGGCUAAGGAGCUUGGUAUUCAUGACGUACGAGCAGAGGUGAUGCCAGCUGGUAAAGCUGAUGUCAUUCGUUCAUUUCAAAAAGAUGGAAGCACAGUUGCUAUGGUGGGUGACGGUAUCAAUGAUUCACCAGCUUUAGCAGCAGCAGAUGUUGGUAUGGCUAUCGGGGCAGGAACAGAUAUUGCAAUUGAAGCAGCUGAUUAUGUGCUGAUGAGAAAUAAUCUAGAAGAUGUAAUAACGGCCAUUGAUCUCUCAAGAAAGACGUUCAGUCGAAUCCGAUUAAAUUAUGUGUUUGCCAUGGCUUACAAUGUCAUUGCAAUUCCUAUAGCUGCUGGAGUUUUUUUCCCUCUCGUAAAGCUCAAAUUGCCUCCAUGGGCAGCCGGUACAUGCAUGGCUCUGUCAUCUGUAAGUGUCGUGUGCUCUUCUUUACUUCUUAGGAGAUACAAAAGACCCAGACUUACCACAAUUCUGGAAAUAACUAUAGAGUAGGAACUUAACUGUUAAAAAUCAAAAAUCAAAGAAACAACAGGAGAAAAGAGAAAUCUUCUUCCUAAAGGAGAAACCGAGAUGGAUGUAUUGGCAAUUUUGUGUAUUCUUAUCUUUUUCAACUUCAUCGAGGUGUUCUUCAUCACCCUUAUCAAUGUACAUUUAGUGUCCGUGAUUUGUUAACCA